CAAAGAAAAAAUUCAUUCAAAAAGAGAUGCUUUUGUCUAAAGCGUGAUGUCAAGGAGCAUUUCUUCGUGAAACUUUAUUCCGCUCUUCCGAGUUGGAAGAUUUCGUUAGACGAAUGAUGUAACAAGAUUACAGCGCAAUAAUCGAUGGUUUGUGCAGCAUCACAAAUGCGUAAAUCUGACAAUGCUGAGUUUGCAUUUUAUGCCCGCGUGAUCCUGCGAUAAGAAUCGUCACCUCUCCAGCGCGAGGAGUGACCCGAAACCGAUUCGAGGCGGUUCGGAACUGUUAAUAUAAAUAGCAGGUUUUAUCAGUGAGACCUUUUACCUAUUUACGACCGGGGGAUCUUUUCUCCGAACUGGAUCGAGUCGGUUGGAAUCCGCAAUUUGUGGAUUAACAAGUCAUCGGCGUCACGAAAAGUAAAUUUUCCGCGAAAGAUAUCCCGAUAUUACAUAAAACGUAAAUAUUUUAAGACAUAAUGAUCUUAGUGUUUAGCAGAGAAAGUUUAUUAAUAAAAUUGAAAUGAAGAAAAGAAAUUAUAAAUAUGUUUCAUUAAUCAAAUAUUUAUUAAGAUCACAUUAUUGCUCAUUAAGUCAAGUCACGUUGUUGAUUAAUUUUAUUAACUAACAUUAUAAUUGAUUACUAUUGAUUUUGAUUUGCACGUUCAGCUACUUUCCUUGGUCUUUUGCUUUUUAUUUCGAAAUUCGCAUUAAAUACAUAUUAAAUACGUAUUAAAUUCUAUCAUUUAAUGACAGAUUAUUUUAAACACUAUCAUAUCUCUGUUAUUGUAUCAUUAUCUCUGUUAUUUGUAACAAUGACAUGUAUUAUAAACACUAUAUUCACGAUACUUUCAUCUUAUUAUUAUUUAACAUCGCAGGCAUUUUUAUAAAUUUACGUUUACAUUUUGACAAAUCAUGCAAAUAUAAAUCACAGAGUCAUUAUUCAUUAUCAGAAGAGUACUCGCUCGUGAUAUGUCCGGAGAUAAACGAGGAUAGCGAAAGGUCCCUGAUGGAGUUCGGUUUAGAACUUGACCCUCUCGCGCGCGAGAUAUCGUCGACGUUAUAUAAACGUGAACACUUUUACCCGGCUUCGUAAAGGAAGCCGAUCGUCGGCACGCACGCGUUUCACCACGAGUACGCUCAGUGAGAGAAGUGAAGGCGCGACGUGAACAUUCUCCGAUCGCACUGCGGAACUGAUGCUGGGACUCAGGAAUCUCAUUUUACGACGCAGCCUCGUCUUGGAUACCGCCUUCUCUUUUAUGCGCGUGUGGUGACGGUGGUAGUGUAUGCGUAUGUGUAAUGGUGAUUGGAGUUUUUGCUUCAGGAAUCUCUAUUUUUUUUGCAAAUAAGCUUCGCAACUUAUUUAAAACUGCUACUAGUAAUACGCACACGGCAAACUACAGAUAGUCGACGAUGGCGCAGCUUAAAGUGGCUAUCAUUGGACAAAGUCCUUUUGCAGCGGAAGUUUACAAACUUUUGCGACAGAAGGGACAUCAGAUCACUGGAGUUUUUACGAUUCCGGAUAAAGGAAAUCGCGAGGAUGCUCUAGCAACUACCGCUAAGGCCGAUGACACACCGGUGUUCAAAAUCAAGGCUUGGAGAAGCAAAGGAGUGGCUUUGCCCGAAAUUUUGACGCUGUACAAAGGCAUCGAAGUAGAUAUCAAUGUUUUGCCAUUCUGCAGCCAAUACAUCCCUAUGGAAGUCAUUAAUCAUCCGCGUUAUCGUACCAUAUGCUAUCAUCCGUCUUUGCUGCCCAGACACAGAGGAGCGAGUGCUAUAAGCUGGACCCUGAUUCAAGGGGAUGACACCGCGGGAUUCUCGAUCUUCUGGGCGGAUGACGGCCUGGACACCGGGCCGGUCCUUCUUCAGAGGUCCUGCAAGGUGGAGCCGAACGACACAGUGGACAGUUUGUACAACAACUUCCUCUAUCCGGAGGGUAUCAAGGCCAUGGGCGAGGCGGUGGACCUCGUGGCGAAAGGGAUUGCACCCAUGGAGCCGCAACCCGCGCAGGGCGCGACUUAUGAUGCCAUGCUGAACAAGAAGGAGCUACAAAAGAUCGACUGGGAUAAGCCGGCGAAGGAGAUUCACAAUUUCAUCCGCGGUCUGGACAGCACACCGGGCGCCUGGACGACGUUGGACGGCGAGGAGGUGAGCCUUUUCGGAUCGUCCCUGUGGAACGGCGACAAACUGCCGGAAGGGGAGAGGGAGGUCGAUGUCGAAAAAAGAACGGGGAUCGUUCAUCAGGGUGGUCUGCUGAUCGAGGCUGCGGAUGGACGUUUCGUUAACGUCGAGAGGAUCAAGAUCGGCACCAAGACCAUUCAUGCCGGUAAAUACGGGCAGACGAAUGAUCGCCAAGUCGUGGAGUUCACGGAAGAGGAGCUGAGUAUUGCUGAUGGGCUGCGUCGAAUCUGGACGGAUAUACUUAAAAUUGACAUCGACGACGACACGGAUUUCUUCGCUUCCGGCGCAAGCAGCAUGGACGUGGUACGCAUGGUUGAGGAAGUCAAGGACAACUUUGGCGUCAGCUUACAGAACAUCGAUGUUUUCAUGGCGCCGGUUUUUAGAGAAUUCGUCACGACGGUCGUCCUUACAGCUCGAGGAAAUACAGCCGCGAAAGAGAUCAAGUACGACGUAGUGGAAGUGCAGGCGAACAACUUGACCCUAAGAUUCCCCAAGCAGCUUUUCAUCAACGGCGAGUUCGUCAACGGCCACGGUAGGGCCAUCAACACGAUAAAUCCCCACGAUGAGAGCGUUAUCUGCUCGGUGGAGAGCGCGAACGCCGAAGACGUUAAUCGCGCUGUCAAGGCCGCCAAGAAGGCCUUUGAGGAGGGCGAAUGGGGCAAAAUUAGCGCCAGGGAGCGUGGCGCGCUGUUAUUCAAAUUAGCGGACUUGAUGGAGCAGCACAAAGAGGAGCUGGCCACUCUCGAGAGCCUCGAUUCCGGGGCGGUAUACACGCUCGCCCUGAAGACGCACGUAGGUAUGUCCAUCGAGACCUGGCGUUACUUCGCCGGAUGGUGCGACAAGAUCCAGGGCUCGACCAUACCGAUUUCGCACGCGCGUCCAAACCGGAAUCUCACGUUCACGCGGCGCGAACCGAUCGGCGUCUGCGGCCUGGUCACUCCCUGGAAUUAUCCUCUGAUGAUGCUGUCGUGGAAGAUGGCGGCCUGCUUGGCGGCCGGAAACACCGUGGUGAUGAAACCCGCUCAGGCCUCGCCGCUGACGGCCCUCAAGUUCGCCGAGCUGUCCGCGCGCGCCGGAAUCCCGCCGGGUGUCAUCAACAUCCUCUGCGGAUUCGGCAGCGAAGUCGGCAACGCUAUUGUGGGGCAUCCGCUGAUCAGGAAGCUGGGCUUCACUGGCUCCACGCAGAUCGGCCAGACCAUCAUGAGGUGCUGCGCCGAAAGUAAUCUGAAGAAGGUGUCGCUGGAGCUUGGCGGCAAGAGCCCUCUCGUCAUCUUCGAGGACGCCGAUCUGCAGCAGGCCGUCAGAAUCGGCAUGGGCGGUGUAUUCUUCAACAAGGGCGAGAACUGCAUCGCUGCCGGACGACUCUUCGUCGAGGAGACCGUUCACGACGAGUUCGUGAGACGCGUGGUCGACGAGGUGAAGAAGAUCUCCAUCGGCGAUCCGCUGAACAGAAGUACAGCCCACGGUCCGCAGAAUCACAAGGCCCAUCUGGACAAGCUUCUGGAAUUCGUGGAGGCGGGAGUGAAGGAAGGCGCCACGCUGGUUCACGGCGGCAAAAGACUGGAUCGCCGCGGCUGGUACUUCGAGCCGACCGUCUUCACGAACGUCACGGACGACAUGUACAUCGCCAGGGAGGAAUCCUUCGGCCCGAUCAUGGUGAUCUCCAAGUUCAGCUCGACGAACGUCGACGAGAUGAUCAGCCGCGCGAACAACACGGAGUUCGGUCUGGCCUCGGGAGUCCUCACCAAAGACAUCGGCAGGGCGCUCAGGUUCGCGGAGAAAAUCGAGGCGGGCACCGUGUUCGUCAAUACGUACAACAAGACGGACGUGGCGGCCCCCUUCGGCGGCUUCAAGAUGUCCGGAUUCGGGAAGGACUUGGGACAAGAGGCGCUCAAUGAAUACCUCAAGACAAAGACGGUAACCAUCGAGUACUGAUGGAUUACAAGUAAUUAUCUUCCGAGUCGGUGCGCAAUACUGCGAAGUGUGUUUAAGUGCAAUGACGUGUCGUUGCGUUUUAUGGUAUUAUAAAAAGAAAAUCGCUCUCUUCGACAGUUUUUAACGAACACUUUUAAGAAUUUUAUUGAAUAUUCCGGAAUAAUACAGGGUUCCGUUCUCGGUAUUUCUAUUUGUAUAUACUGUUGGUAUUAUUUGAAAGAAAAUCGUUCGUGGGAAAGUAAAUCGAGACGGCGUGACGAAGAGUUAAAUAGAGAGGAACCAGUGGAUCUCGCUCCCACACGUGCAGGGCAUACGAAAGGGGGUUAGUUUUUUUUUUCUUUUUUUUCGAAGAGUCUUCUCUGUCGAAGCUCCAGAUGCUGCAUGCUUUUUUAUCACGAGGCAUACAAGUGUGCCCCAUCUCUCGCGCGUUGUACCAUGGCCCUGCGCGUUUCUCGUUUGCUUUUUUUUGUCUGACUGGCCGAUUGCAAACGAUGACAUUUUGAAGAUAAAAUCGGAUACAGCAGGAAAAAAUCUAAGAUAUUUAGUUAAGAUGUUUAGUUAAGAUAAAUUUUAGGAAUGUAAGAAAGAUGAUAAGCUGAAUUUUGUUAAAAAUUCCAAUAAAUAACAGAUUGAUAGACUUG